GAUUUUUUUUUUUGCUCUAUAUUUCAGGAUAGCUCCCAGAAAAUACAGGAAAUUUGAAUCACAGCAACUCUGUCCCCAUCCAGUUUCUCUUGGCAUCUAUCCUCUGUGCCAGAGCCAUUUCCAAACUAAGUCAGAUGAAAUAUCCAGUAUUGAACACCAUGGCCACAGCAAUCAAACUAAGAUCCACAGUGCUACUGUUUAUGAAGGCUGUUCCUCAACCACUCUUUCAGGAAAGAUCAUGAUUUUGGAAGGAGCUGGCAGGAUGAGUAUCAAUUCCAGCAGCAAUCUACUCCACCAGCAGCCUUCCUGGACAGAUGGAUAUUCCACAUGCAAUGUAUCCAGUAGCUUCUAUGGAACCCAGUGGCAUGAAAUACACCCGCAGUACUGGACCAAGUUUCAAGUCUGGGAGUGGCUGCAGCAUCUCCUUGAUACCAACCAACUGGAUGCCAACUGCAUACCUUUCCAGGAGUUUGAUAUCAAUGGGGAACAUCUUUGUAGUAUGAGCCUGCAGGAAUUCACUCAGGCAGCUGGGACAGCAGGACAACUGCUUUACAGCAACCUCCAACACCUAAAAUGGAAUGGUCAGUGUGGAAGUGACAUGUACCAAUCUCAUAAUGUCAUUGUGAAGACAGAGCAAACAGAUCCAUCAUUAAUGGUAUCCUGGAAAGAAGAGAAUUAUCUUUAUGACAGUGGCUAUGGUAGCACAGUAGAGUUAUUGGACAGUAAAACAUUCUGUCGUGCUCAGAUUUCCAUGAUGACACCUAGUCACCAAUCUCCUGAUUCUUCAGAUGCAAAAAAAUCGCAAGAUCAUACCCCAAAGUCCCACACCAAGAAGCACAACCCUCGAGGAACUCAUCUUUGGGAAUUUAUUCGAGAUAUUCUUCUCAAUCCUGAGAAAAACCCAGGAUUAAUCAAGUGGGAAGACAGAUCAGAAGGUGUCUUCAGAUUUUUAAAAUCUGAAGCUGUUGCUCAGCUGUGGGGAAAGAAGAAAAACAACAGCAGCAUGACUUACGAGAAACUCAGCCGGGCUAUGAGAUACUAUUACAAAAGAGAAAUCCUUGAGCGUGUGGAUGGUCGGAGAUUAGUAUAUAAAUUUGGAAAGAAUGCCCGUGGUUGGAGAGAAAAUGAAAAUUAAAUAUAUCAAGAAAUAACAUUUAAAACACAUGGAUCACAUUGCAUAAUUCCUGCUUGCUUCUCACAGCAUCGUCUUCAAUAUCUACGUGUGGAAACAAAUCCAAGUUAGAUAUUUCACUAUUGCCAUUGUAAAUCUCAGCUUG